CUGGAUUUGCAUAGAGGACGUUGACCUAUGAUCUGCGAAUGGCUUGAUUGUGGGAAGUUUGUCCCUCCUCAGCCACCACAGAGGACGAACCUUUCCGAGUGUGCUUCGUCUUUUAUCAGAAGUUCUGUUUUAAAAUGUCACUCUUCUUUCUCCUGUUUUUAUCGUCGUUAAUGGUGGUUAACUGGGCCGAAUCCUGUCCUUGUGAGAGACCCGAAUUAUGCCAGCAGAUACGCGACGAGAGAGAUUUCGAGGUGUUUGUGUUUGAUGUGGGCGGGAAGACAUGGAAGUCGUACAACUGGAGCGUGGUGACGACGGUAGCCACAUUUGGGAAAUAUGACGCAGAGCUCAUGUGUCAUGCUCAUUCCAAAGGAGCACGGGUCGUACUAAAAGGUGACGUUCACCUCGCUGACAUCGUGGACCAAAACAACAGGACAGGUUGGAUAACGGAGAAAGUCAAGUUGGCCAAGAGUCAGUUCAUGGAUGGGAUCAACAUCGACAUUGAACAAGCAGUAGAAGAAGGCUCGCCUGAGUACUUAGCCCUCACAGACCUGGUCAAAGAAACCACAGAGGCUUUCCACAGGGAGAUCCCCGGUUCUCAGGUGUCCUUCGAUGUCGCCUGGUCGCCCAAAUGUAUCGACAAGCGCUGCUACGACUACGUCACCAUCGCCGAAUCCUGCGAUUUGGUUUUUGUGAUGUCCUAUGACGAGCAGAGCCAGAUACUGGGGGACUGCAUCGCCAUGGCCAAUGCCCCUGUCACGCAAACUCUCCAUGCCUAUGAUCAGUAUUUGAAUUUGAAGAUAGCGCCAGAGAAGUUAGUGAUGGGUGUGCCGUGGUACGGCUAUGACUACCCCUGUCUCAACCUUUCACAGGAAGGCAUCUGCUGUAUUGCCAAAGUGCCGUUCCGGGGUGCUCCAUGUAGUGAUGCUGCUGGAAAACAGAAAGCGUACAGCUGGAUCAUGAAGCAGGUCAACAGCUCGUUGUCAGGCCGCUUGUGGGACGGCAAGCAGCAGGCGCCCAACUUCAAUUACAUGGACCCAGAAGGUCAGAUUCACCAGGUUUGGUAUGAUGACCCGGAGAGUAUUUGCCUCAAGACGGACUUUGUUAAAUCUAAAGGUUUGAGAGGAGUGGGCAUGUGGAACGGCAACAUCUUGGACUACAGCGACGAUCCGGUUGCUAAGCAGCAGAGCGCAAUGAUGUGGAACGCUCUCUUUGGAUGUUAAUUAGUCUAAAGUUUACAGCCCCGAGACAUUUACAGCGGCUGCAUUGUGGUUGCUAAGUCAACAAGUCCCUUUGUGACGGUAACGCAGUCCCAGUUCUCAGACGCAUACUUGCACCUUAGGCCUUAUUGUUGCUUUUUUGUUGUAGUUUGGUCUCAGAUAUUCCACUGGACUGAAUGAGUCCACUGUGAUUCCCUUUUUGUGUUGUGUUUUGUAAUUACGACUGUUGUUGAACUCUGAGAUCUGUGUGCUAUUCUGCAUUUUACACACAACAUCCAAUAAAUGAAUGUUACAGCAGAACUUGGAUUCAGUCAUAAAAUAUUGAAAAUCUCAACAUUUCAUUUUUUUUGUCAUGAACUCAAUUACCCUGAUUGGGAUUUUGAGAAAGCUGAUGUUGCUCUGUAGUACCGCAAUUUGACAAUCGACAAUAAAGUUCUAAUUUUGCA